AUGUUUGGUCUAAAUCGUAUUGUGAGUGUUAAAGCAAUACGAAAUUUACAACAAAAUGUUUAUAAAAUUCAUCCUGAAUCAACAAAAUCAACAACAGCAAGAUCCAGUUUAUUUCAUUCAACUUCGAUCUCUAGACAAAAUAAUCAAGAUUCAUCGAAACCAACAUCACUUUAUGAAUUUGGAAAACAUUUAGUAUCAGUACUACCAAAAUAUAUUCAACAAUAUUCAGUUUACAAAGAUGAAUUAACAAUAUAUUUAGCACCAUCAGCGAUAAUUCCUGUAAUGACAUUUCUAAGAGAUCACACAGGCACUCAAUUUAAACAAGUUCAAGACAUUUGUGGAGUUGAUUAUCCAACUAGAACAAAUCGUUUUGAAGUUGUUUAUAAUAUGUUAAGUAUUCGUUAUAAUGCUCGUAUUCGUGUCAAGACUUAUGCAGAUGAAAUAUCUCCAGUUCCAUCAAUAGUUGAAUUAUUCAAUGGAGCAAAUUGGUUUGAGAGAGAAGCAUAUGAUAUGUAUGGCAUAUUUUUUGUCAAUCAUCCAGAUCUUAGAAGAAUUUUGACAGAUUAUGGAUUUGAAGGAUAUCCAUUAAGAAAAGAUUUUCCAUUAACUGGCUAUGUUGAAGUGAGAUAUGAUGAAGAAAGGAAAAGAAUUGUUGCUGAGCCUUUAGAAUUAACUCAAGCAUUUAGAAAUUUCGAGGGUGCUGCUUCACCCUGGGAACAAACUGUGAAGAAAUUUGUUGCCUAUUACAAUGUAUUAGAAAUUGGCAUAUAUGGUUUAAUGGAUUUUAACCUUGCUUUAUUAUAUGGUGAUGAUGAUGAUGCAUAUGCCAAAUGUUUACCUGAAAAUCCACUAGCAACAUGUUUAAUGAAUCAACAGCCAGGACAAAAUAAUUUAUCACCUAUUUGA